ACGUUAUUGCAGUCGUCACAGUUCAGUGUUCUUAAUCUGUGCGUCCAUGUACACAUAUAUGUCCUUUAUUACACUCUAUUAAAUAGAGUAAUAAUAACUGUUUGUAUAUUAGUCUGAGCGCACUUCUCCAGCUAGCUUAGCUUGCUAGUUAGCUUAGCUUGUUAGCUGCUAACAAAGAGAGAUGAAAACACAUCGCUAAGCAGAGAUCAAGUGUGAGUGUAAAGUGUUGUGAUUGUGUGAAAAUGUGCGAAAGAACCAUAGCAGAGUACGAGGAGGAACUUUGUCCAACAAAAGAGGAGAAGGAGCGACAACAUGAAAAACAUCAAGUUGUGUUACACACAACAGACAUCCAUCAGCUGAUUGGACACCAAGAAGAAUGUCUCCCUCAUCUGCAGGGGGACAGUUUCACUUCAGAGGAUCCACAGCCCUCACACAUGAAAGAGGAAGAGGAGGGAGAGUGUCCUGUAGGGCAGGAGGAGGAUGAUGUCAGCAAGUUUCCACUGACUGUUGUCUCUGUGAAGACUGAAGAGCAUGAAGACAAAGCACCUGAGUCCUCACAGCUUCAUCACAGUCCAAACGUUCAACAGCCCCUUCACAUUAAAGAGGAAGAGGAUUAUCCACAGCCCACCUACAUUAAAGAGGAAGAGGAUGAUCCACAGCCCACCUACAUUAAAGAGGAAGAGGAGGAUCCACACAUGAAAGAGGAAGAGGAGGGAGAGUGUGUUGUAGGGCAGGAGGAGGAUGAUGUCAGCAAGUUUCCACUGACUGUUGUCUCUGUGAAGACUGAAGAGCAUGAAGACAAAGCACCUGAGUCCUCACAGCUUCAUCACAGUCCAAACGUCCAGCGGGUGUCAGCGGGGAGUCAUGAAGAGGAGUGGCACACCAGUGUGGGACAGAAGGAGCUACAGGCCCCCUCCCACAUUAAAGAGGAGCAGCUUCAUGAUGAAGAUGAAGCUCAGUCCUUACAGCUUCAUCACAGUCAAAGUGAGGAGAACAGAGGGGCGGAGCUUGUAAGUCAACACAUCACAGAAGCUGAUGGAGAGCAUUGUGAAGAUAUCAAGUCAGAACCAGACAGCAUCUUUGCUCCACUGUCAGACAUGGACCACAUGAUGUCACACUCUUCUGAUCACAGUGACCACAUCCAAAAACCUUUGGAGAGUAAAAAUGACUCUAAAGGUGAUACGAGACAUCACACUAACAACAAACACUUUGACUGCUCUGAAUGUGGGAAAUCAUUUAGAAAGAAGAGUAAUUUUACAAGACACACGAGAACACAUACUGGAGAGAAACCUUUUACUUGCUCUGUUUGUAAGAAGAGUUUCUCCACAAAGCAAACCAUGACCACACACAUGAGAACACACACUGGAGAGAAACCUUUUGCUUGCUAUGUUUGUAAGAAGAGUUUCUCCACAAAGGGUGACAUGACCACACACAUGAGAACACACACUGGAGAGAAACCUUUUGCUUGCUCAGCUUGUGCUAAAAGAUUAAACACUAAGAAGGAACUUAUAUUACAUGUGAGAACACACACAGGUGAGAAACCUUUUACUUGCUCCGUUUGUAAGAAGAGUUUCUCCAAAAAGGAACACAUGACCAGACACAUGAGAACACACACAGGUGAGAAACCUUUUGCUUGCUCUGUUUGUAAGAAGAGUUUCUCCAGGAAGCAACAAAUGACCACACACAUGAGAACACACACUGGAGAGAAACCUUUUGUUUGCUCAGCUUGUGCUAAAAGAUUCAAAUCUAAGUGGGAAAUGGUAUUACACAUGAGAACACACACAGGUGAGAAACCUUUUACUUGCUCUGUUUGUAAGAAGAGUUUCUCCAGAAAGCGUAACAUGACCACACACAUGAGAACACACACUGGAGAGAAACCUUUUGCUUGCUCAGCUUGUGCUAAAAGAUUCAACACUAAGCAGGAAAUUAUAUUACACAUGAGAACACACACAGGUGAGAAACCUUUUACUUGCUCUGUUUGUAAGAAGAGUUUCUCCAGAAAGGGACGCAUGACCACACACAUGAGAGCACACACUGGAGAGAAACCUUUUACUUGCUCUGUUUGUAAGAAGAGUUUCUCCAGCAAGCUAGUCAUGACCACACACAUGAGAACACACACUGGAGAGAAACCGUAUAGUUGCACUGUGUGUGAUAAGAUGUUCAGGUUUAAGAAUCAGGUCAGUAAACACAAGUGUGAAACAGUCAUAGAAGCUGCAGGGAUAUAUAAACAUUUAAACAGUGAUUGUGCUAAAUGUAGUUUAAAAACACAGCAUGUUUAAUAUGAAUGUAUAUUUUAUGUUGUUUGUAGUGCUGCUCAGUCUGAAUGAGACUAACCCUAACCCCUACCCCUAAUAAUAUCAAAUAAAUAAAUAAAUAACAAUAAUGAUAAUAAUAAAACAUUUGAUUACUCAAAGACUUCUAUGGAAAUGCAAAUACCGAGACUCCGAUUUCCCUCGCCCGGACGCGGGUCUCUGGGGCCCCCCUCUAAAGCCAGGCCCGGAGUUAGGGCACGAUGGCGAGCGCCUGGUGGCCGGGCCUGUACCCAUGGGGGGAUGUGGGUCCCCCCUCCAAUGGGCUCACCACACAUAGCAGGGGCCAUGGAGAUAGGGUGCGCUGUGAGCUGGGUGGCAGCCGAAGGCAGGGCACUUGGCGGUCCGAUCCUUGGCUACAUAAGCUAGCUCUUGGGACGUAAAAUGUCACCUCGCUGGGGGAAAAGGAGCCUGAGCUAGUGUGCGAGGUGGAGAAGUUCCGGCUGGAUAUAGUCAGACUCACUUCGACGCACAGCAAGGGCUCUGGAACCAGUUCUCUCGAG